AUGUUUCUAGAUUCUACUGCUCCACCUGCUCAGCUAGGCUUAUUCCAAUCAGCCACAUGUAGAUCUCCUGGAAGUAUGAAGGUAUGUCGCAGAUAUACGAUUCCACUGAAUGCAGUGCUUGACCGCAAUCUUUUAUUCAAGCUUUUGGAAAAGCUACGCGAUAACAACUCUAGCUUCAUUAUACAUGUAGUAGAAUGGACCGAAACUAAAGAAGAGUUGUUGGUCUAUACAGAUGGCGCUACGGACACGCCUCUAGAGACAAUCUAUUGUGAGGCGAGGUUUAUAGACAGUGCUCUACCAGAACAUGUCGUCUGGGAGUUUAUGUAUAGCAUGCUUUCCGCAGUAAAAGAAGCUCAAGCAAUAAGAAACUAUAUUCUAGCAGAUUCUGUACAGUUGCGGAGCCAGGUUCCCGUCCUGAGCUUGAAGUCGUUCUACAUGAAUAACGCAGGUUUUUGCAGGUUGGAUGUUUUUGUGUAUUGUUUUAACUAUCUAUUUGAUAGGACUGUUCUUUUUCAAAGUCUGUCUAAUCAGCCUUUGAUACUCAAAAGUGUCGCCGUGGCCGACCUCUGGCCAUACGAGGACUGCUCUAAUAACUGUAUGUCAUGCACUGCUGUCUCUCCGCCACUCAGUUUCUACGUGGAGCCCGAACAUAAGGACACUUGCCCGACAAGUAAAGCUGACUGGCUUAAGAUAGAGACGUACAUGAUUGGCCGUAUCGUGCUUCUACUAUGCGAUUUGAGCCCAGUCAUGUUAGCGACUACAGACGAAGAUGACGAAUAUUACAAUGCGAAUCACCUCUAUUUUCGGGGAUAUUCCAUAGAACUAGCGCUUAUUGGCUAUCGUAUGCUUUACACACAGGGCAGUAUUCGCUUCUUGGUGUCUGAUCUAUUGGAGCACGAUUUCAUGAUUAUUCUCCGAUAUAUCCUAUGCCCGCCGAGUCAGGAUGCUACUCACCACCGGAUAGGCAGUCAAAACGCAACCCCACUUAUACUAGGGGCAAGAAGCAGGUUUCCUCUACUCAUCGAUGAGUUGGUGGAGCGAUAUGCUGGAAUGCAGGACGCUCGCGGAAAAACUGCCUUAAUGUACGCGGCGGAAAAUAACUCCUUAGCUUAUAUUGAAUGCUUGAAAGCUAAGGAGAUGCGGAUGCAACUGAGGACAAUUGGCACCGAGAGCGAUGGAGAAACUGCACUGAUGAUUGCUGUAGCUAACGGAAACUGCAAUGCAGCAGCGCUAUUAAUGGAUGAAGCUGGCCUAGCUCGCCGCGAUGGGACAACCGCGCUUAUGAUGGCGUGCGAUCAAAUAGGACUCCAGGAUGAUGCAGUGAUAGAUGAGCUAAUAGCCAGAGAGCAUGGGAUGCGUAGCUGCUCAGGGUACACAGCGCUUAUGCACGCAGCCAAAGCUGGAAAUGUGCACCUAGUAAGGAAAACUAUGCCAUAUGAGGCGCGAGCUCAAGCAAAUGACGGAACUACCGCGCUACUUCUGGCUGCCUCAUUAGGAUACGCGUCAAUAUGCUCCUUACUCAUCGAGCAGGAAGGAAUGUACAGUGAUAACGAAGGGUGUACCGCCCUCAUAAUCGCAUCAAAGCAAGGUCUAGAGAGAGCUGUCUUGGCAACCAUACAGCUUGCGGGAGAAUCCAACCACAUGGGCCGCACAGCGCUAAUGCAUGCGGUAAAGUACAACAGACAGAGAAUUGUAUCAGUCCUGUCCACAUGCGAAAAAGAAAUGGGUAGGACAGAUAAGUAUGGGGCAUCAGCACUAAGCAUGGCUGCUGAGAGUGGAAAUGCACAAGUUCUUGGCAUUCUCUUGAAAUCUCCGAUAGCGGACAAAGAGGUAUCUCUAGUGGACAAAAAUGGCUGGACCGCCCUCAUCCAUGCUGCAAGGAACAACCAUGUGGAUUGCGUGGUUCAGCUUGUCAAGACACAAGCAGGGAUGAAGGAUUUUAAGGGCUACUCGGCGAUUCUGUAUGCUAUAAAAUGGGGAUAUGUGGAGGUCGUCAAAAGACUAUUAGAAUCCGAGGGGUAUCUAUUGAAGGAGCAGCCUGGAAAAUCGCACCUCCAAUCUAUUGACACUUCCCCAGAUGUGGCAAACCUACUCACUAGCUGA